GCGCAGCUUCGCUGUUUUACUUGUCUCUGCGACUCGCUGCUUCAGAGCUCCAACGUACUGCCGUCGAGGAGAUCCUUUAUUGAAUAACAUUUUGAAGCCAUGGUUGGCUGGCAAAGACAUAUACAAUCCUUAUUUCGUCAUGUUGGGAAAAGAGUAGAAUACAAUUACAAUCAAUCUGCCAACUUAUAUUCUUCUCAUUUAGAAUCAUUUCUUACACCUGCUGAAUUGCCUUAUUUGCAAAGACUUUUGAAGCCACCUUCUGCAACAAUUUCAAGGCCCUUUUAUCAGUAUUUCCAACAGUUGGGAGUUUCCAGUUCAAGGAAGUUACUAGCAGAUGCGUCUGAAGAAACACCUGUACGGUCUCCAUUGACUCCUGUUUUGGCAUUAAACAGUGGGAAAGAUGAAGACCAGAAGCAAAAAGCACUUUCUAAACCUUCUAAAGUUCAAGCUGUUUUAAAGGGUAUAAAACAGAGUCCUAAGAAGGUCAACUUGGUUGCUGCAUUGGUUCGUGGAAUGCGUGUGGAAGAUGCAUUAUUGCAGUUGCAAGUGACAGUAAAGCGGGCUUCAAAAACUGUCUAUCAGGUUAUUCACUCGGCCCGAGCAAAUGCAACUCAUAAUCAUGGAUUGGAUCCGGACCGUCUUCUUGUUGCUGAGGCCUUUGUUGGAAAAGGGUUCUUUAAAAAGAGAGUUUCCUACCAUGCUAAAGGAAAAUGUGGAAUCAAAGUGAGACCAGAAUGCCGCUUGACAGUGGUAGUAAGGGAAACUACUCCCGAAGAGGAAGCUGAGAUAGCCAGACUGAGAGUCCAUAAUUUCCGCAAGCUCACCAAGCGGGAAAGAAGGCUUGUUCCUCAUAAGCUUAUCGAGACUACACCAGUUUGGAACCGCAAAGGCAAAGGAAAAGCCAGCCAUGAACCAAGUGGAAUGACUGCAUGAGCAAAGCUUCCUUCGUCUUUUCACGUUUUAUUACAAAGUGUAGAAGUGUCAGGGACCUCCUCCCCUAUCAUUGCAUUUUACUAGAAAAAAUUGUCUUGCGAAAUGUGAAAGAAAAAGUACCAGAAAAAGAAGCAAUCUUGUUUGGUUUUCUGAUUUUAAGAAGCUUAAGGUGAAGAAUGCCAUCCAAAAUUUUUUUAAUUUUGUUACUUGCUGGGAUAAUAAAAUUUAUAAAAUAUUGAAAUGACUAGUACAUUUUUUUUUCU